AUGGUCUCAGCAUAUUUGCUUAGGAUAUGGUCUCAGGAUAUUUGGCUUAGGAUAUUGUCUCAGGAUAUUUGGCUUAGGAAAUUGUCUCAGGAUAUUUGGCUUAGGAUAUUCCCUCAGGAUAUUUGGCUUAGGAUAUUUGGCUUCGGCGCCGCUCGUUCUCUGCAUCAGCGGCGUUUCAUAGCAACGCAGACAGGAGGCCUUGGUGUCGCUGCGGCGGCCUUCCCGCAUGGCCAUUCAGUCGGUGCAUGUAGGCGCUGCCUAUGCGCCAUGCUUCUGGGGCUGGCCUCCAUGACUUGGCACAUUGCGGUUACGAGCGUUCAGAAGGGACGAUUCGAUCUCACUUCCGGAUCUAUAGUUGCGGCGCUGUGCGCCUCCAUCUUUCAAGAACCAUGCGGGAUAACUCUCAUCGCCUUGCUGUUUUGCUGGCGUAAGGACGCCUCCUUGUGGGCGCUGUACCGGCCCAUCGAGGGAUGCGGCAUGUGCGUCUCGCUCCUGGCCAAGUUCUCUUUGCGCGCCUUUGCCGACCUGCCGGCCGCGCCGAGCCUGCACGUCUCGUUCGCAUGCUCAGUCGCAUUCGACUGCUACGUGCUCUUGCUAAUGUGCCUUCUCACUACAAGGGUGCGCGAGCGCAUGGCCAGGGCAGUCGGUGCCAUUGUCGUCCAGCUGCCGCCCGCUUUUGCUAGAGCUGGACGUAAUGAGACCCAUUUCUACACGUGUUCCUUUUUACCCAUCUCCUAG